ACUUUCUCACCUACCAAUCCCCCUUUCUUUAUUUUCCAAAAAAAAGAACAAGAACCAAAAAGCAGCCAUUGAACUCUAUAGUUAUAUAAAUUACCUACUUCUCCAAAACACUCUCAAAAAAACCAAACCUUCAACCCAUCAAAUGGCUGUAUUUUUCAUUUUAUUAAUUUCCAUAACCUUAAUAUUUCUACUUCAUAAACUCUACCAUAGUCUAAGAUUCAAAUUACCACCAGGUCCAAGACCAUUACCAGUAGUUGGUAACCUCUAUGAUAUUAAACCAGUUAGAUUCCGUUGUUUUGCUGAUUGGGCCAAAACAUAUGGCCCAAUAUUCUCAGUAUACUUUGGUUCACAAUUAAAUGUGGUAGUAACAACAGCUGAAUUAGCCAAAGAAGUGUUAAAAGAAAAUGAUCAAAAUUUAGCAGAUAGAUUUAGGACUAGACCUGCUAAUAAUUUGAGUAGAAAUGGUAUGGAUUUAAUUUGGGCUGAUUAUGGACCUCAUUAUGUGAAAGUAAGAAAGCUUUGUAAUCUUGAAUUGUUUACUCCAAAAAGACUUGAAGCUCUUAGACCUAUUAGAGAAGAUGAAGUUACUGCUAUGGUUGAGAAUAUUUUCAAGGAUUGUACUAAGCCUGAGAAUACAGGUAAAACCCUGUUGAUGAGAGAGUACUUAGGAUCAGUAGCAUUCAACAACAUUACAAGGUUAACAUUUGGAAAAAGGUUCAUGAACUCAGCAGGUGAGAUUGAUGAACAAGGCCAAGAAUUCAAAGGCAUUGUGUCUAAUGGCAUCAAGAUUGGCGGAAAACUUCCAUUGGCAGAGUACGUUCCAUGGCUCCGUUGGUUUUUCUCAAUGGAAAAUGAGGCACUCGUGAAACACUCUGCACGUAGAGAUCGGUUAACACGAAUUAUCAUGGACGAACACACUUUAGCUCGCAAGACAACCGGUAAUACUAAGCAGCAUUUCGUUGAUGCCUUGCUUACUCUUCAGAAGCAGUAUGAUCUUAGUGAUGACACUGUUAUUGGCCUCCUCUGGGAUAUGAUUACAGCAGGAAUGGACACAACAACCAUAACAGUAGAAUGGGCAAUGGCAGAGCUAGUUAGGAACCCAAGAGUGCAACAAAAGGCUCAAGAAGAGCUUGACAGGGUAAUCGGAUCCGAUCGGAUAAUGUCAGAAACCGAUUUCUCAAAACUCCCUUACCUUCAAUGUGUAGCCAAAGAGGCUCUACGGUUGCACCCUCCAACUCCCCUAAUGCUUCCUCACCAGGCCAGUGCCAGUGUCAAAAUCGGCGGUUAUGACAUUCCUAAAGGGUCCAUCGUGCACGUGAACGUUUGGGCUGUGGCUCGUGAUCCAGCAGUGUGGAAGGACCCGUUGGAGUUUAGACCGGAGCGGUUUUUUGAGGAAGAUGUUGACAUGAAGGGUCAUGACUAUCGGUUACUGCCUUUUGGUGCAGGAAGGCGGAUUUGCCCCGGUGCACAACUUGCUAUCAACUUGGUCACUUCUAUGUUGGGUCAUUUGUUGCAUCAUUUUACGUGGUCCCCGCUCCCGGGGGUUAGCCCGGAGGAUAUCGACUUGACGGAGAGUCCCGGAACAGUUACUUACAUGAAAAAUCCAAUUCAAGCUAUUCCUACUCCAAGAUUGCCUUCACACUUGUAUAAACGUGUGCCGGCGGAUAUGUAACAAUCGCCCCGGAGGAUAUCGACUUGACAGAGAGUCCCGGAACAGUUACUUACAUGAAAAAUCCAAUUCAAGCUAUUCCUACUCCAAGAUUGCCUGCACACUUGUAUAAACGUGUGCCGGUGGAUAUGUAACAAUCUUGUUCUUUUCCUUUUUGGCUUCUUUUGUUUUCAAGUCUUGAAUUCUUGAACACUUGAUGAGAUUGUGGGGCAUUUUGCUGUAAUUUAAUGUUUGUUUUAAAUUCAUAUCAGAAGCUCAUGUUGUGUUUGGCUA